GUUCAUUUACAUUAUAUGAUAAUCAUAAUUGUUCAAUAUUAUUAUAAUCACUAUGUAUAAAUAAUGUAUACACAUAGAUUUUACAAUUUACAUUUUUUUUAUAAACAAACAAACAUUAAUAUUACUAAACAUAAUAAUAGUAAUAGUUUCAUUCAAUUAAUAUUUCUAUCGUAAUAAUAUUGGAUAAGAAAACCAUUACUAUUAUUAUUAUUAUUAUUAUUAUUACUGGAUUCACUUGGUACUAUUUACUUAAAUCGUCCUACUGAUGUUUAGAACUGUAAUUGGUCAGUCUCAUUAUUACUAUUAUUAUGAAAUUCACUUGGUACUAUUUACUUGAAUCGUCCUACUGAUAUUAAGAACUGUAAUUGAUCAGUCUCAUUACUAUUAUUAUUAUUAGUAGUAGUACAAUGAUUAUGUUUCUUAUUUAAAUAUCAUAAAUCUAUUUACAAUUUAAUUCAUUAUCAUGAAAAAAAUCAAUAAUCAUGAAUCUAAUCAAUUUAUUGAUGAUAAAACACGUCAAUUAUUAAUUUUUCAUUGUCAUUUAAAAUUAAUUAAACAAAUAUUUAUUAAAAAUAAUGAAACAUUUAAUGAAACUUAUGCAAAUUAUUUAUUAAAUAAAUAUUUAAAUAAACAUAGAAAAUCAAAAUGUAUCGCCUAUUUUCUUAUUGAUCGUAUACGUUUUAAACAAUAUAAAAAUAUAAUUUAUAUAAAACCAUUUCGUAAAGAAAUUAUUUAUCGUGAAAUUAAACAUUUUUUUAUAUUUCCUAAUUAUCCACAAUUAUUUAUGUUAUGUAUUAUGAAUGAAAAUAAUUAUAAUAAAAAAUCAUAUGAAUUAUAUCAAUGUAUAAAUUAUAAUGAUGUUAGUAUUGUAUGCCAUUUAACAUAUAAAGCAUCUAUACAUUUAUAUCAUACAUUACAUGAUCCAAUCAUAUUCAAUCAUUUCAUACAUAAUAAUAAUAAUAAUAAUAAUAAUAAUAAUAAUAAUCAUUAUCAUCCAAAACAUCAAUUCAAUUAUUCAACAUUCAAUAAUUUAUUGAAUCAAACAAAUAAUCAUUUGAAUAUUAUAAAAUCAUCUAAACAAAUUGAUUAUCCUAUUGUAAAGAAUAAAUUAAAUUCUAAUUUAAUUAUUCAUAAUUCCAAUGAUUAUUUUAUAAAUAAUAAUAAUAAUGAUAAUAAUAAUAAUUAUUAUUUAAUUAAAAAAGGAUCAAUAAAAAGUACAUCAAAUUUAGUAUAUUCUAAUGAUGUACAAUUAUAUCAACCAAAAUUUUAUUCCUUAUAUAAUUUAUAUUCAAAUAAACGAGAAUAUAAUAAUCCAGAGAUGAAUAUAACAAAAAAUCAUGUAUAUAGGGAUAAUUCUGCAAACAAACUGUUCCCUAUCCCUUACAAUAAUAAUAGUAAUAAUGAAGAAGAAAAAGAAAAACAUAUUUAUAUCAGAGAUAAUAAAUUAGUCAAACAAAAGACAUUCAAUGUAACGUCUUCACCAUCACUAUCAUCAUUGCCAACAUUUAAUGAUGAUUAUGAUUUUGACAAAUAUAUACAUACAAAACAAGAUAUAUUUAAUACAAAUUAUCAUAUAAAUUCCAAAUUUGAUGAUACUAAAAGAAAUUCAAUUGAUUUUAAUCAACAUUUAAGUCAAUCAUUAGAUUGUAAACAUGAUGUUAGAAUGUUAAAAACAUUUACAAUACCUACAGGAAAUAAAGAUUAUUGUCGUAAAAAUCAUUUAAAUAUUUAUCAUGACAAUGUGAAUGUGAAAAUGAAUGAUUAUGGUUUUUACAAUGAUUAUGAUGAUGGUAAUCAAUUAGAAAAUCAACUCAGGAAGUGUAAAUCUAAUAUUGAUAUAAGAUCAGCUGAUACAACUUAUUUAUGUUAUGAUCCAGUUGUUGGUAUACGUAUAAAUAAUAAGGGCCCAAUAUAUAUGUAUAUGGCACGUUAUAAUUCUACUGUAAUAUCAUGA